AUGGAGGUUUACGUGCGUAUGAAUGAUGAUUUAGAGUACGAUUAUGCGUUUCAAGUACAAAAAGAUGAUACUUUAGAACAAAAAAUUGCCUUAAUAUUUAAUAAGGAAAAGGGUCUUUCAAGGUUUAUGGUUUUGAAGCCAUCAAUUUUUUAUAAGAACGAACCAUCUGGUUUCAGGAAAUCCAUGCAUCCUGGUUUCUUAACUGAGAAUGGAUGUUUAUUGUUCGAUUACUCUGCAGAUGAUUCAGAGUAUUUAGAGGAUUUGGAAGUUUCAAAGAAAACCGUUUGGGAACAAUUGUGGCCUGGUCAAUUAGUAUUACCAAAAUGGGAGAAGGACUGGAAAACAAUCUGGACUUUUGUAACUAUAAUGCUGGUAUGGUUGUACACUGAUUUACCAGAUUGUAUUUCUCCAACGCCAGGUAUCUGUCUUACAAAUCAACUUUCUAAGAGAUUUGCUAGUCUCGCUGAUAACGCUGGUCUAACAUUCGUAGCUGAAAAAUUAAGAGAAGAACUUGAAAUCAACUCUGUUAGUGUCACUGCUCAAUGGUUAUUCUUCGUUUUCCAUAUUGUCAAGAUCGUGAUAUUAUCUUCAUUCUUCUACACUGGGUUGGUAAAUCCAGUGUCUUUCAACCCAUUGAGAUCUUUGCUAAACAAGAAAUCCGCAAUCUCCAACGGCAACUCUGAAUUGAAGAGCACUUUACAGACCAUUGGUUGGGUAGGUGCAAGAAGAGCUAUUUACGACGAUUACAGAGACAAAUACUACCAGUACGUUAUCGAUAAGAGCGGUGGUCCAUUGCAUGCAUACAGAAAGGGCAUCAUGAAACAAGCUGCUAACCCUGGUGUUACUUUAUCUGCCGGUGAAGGGUUCCAAACUGAAUUGUCCAACAGAUUCAAUCACAAUACUUUUGAAACUAUGAAAUCUUCUGGUAAGUUCAAGCUCAGCGAGGAUUAUUUCCUACAAUUAGAAACUGAUUUGAAGGAAAACAUCAAGGCCUGUGACGGUGACGUUGCAAAGAUCAACGCAGAGAUUAGAAAUUUCAGAAAGUAUGGUCUUUUCGAAUGUGGACCUGAAUUAACAGAGCUUGUACAAUUGAGAAAGAAGGUGGAUGCAGCUCCAGAAACUGAACCACUACCUGAACAAGAAAAGAAAGAACAAUGA